AUGAGCAAGCUCCACCUCUGGACGGACGGGGACCUGCGGCCGGCCGCACUGCCUGUGCUAAGGGGAAGCCGCAGGUGGCAGCUUGUCCCUCGCGCUCUCCUGGUGGAUCUGGAACCUGGGGCCAUGGACUCUGUUGGCUCGGGUACUUUUGGCCAGAUCUUCAGACCACACAACUUUCUUCCUGUCAGUCUGGGUCAGGCGACAACUGGGCGAAGGGCCGCCGCUGGCGGGGGGUCGCGGACGGGCACCGCACUGCGCUCAUCAGCAAAACCUGCGAGGAGCAGCCGAGGAGGCGCCGGACGCCGAAGUGGAGCCCACAAGGCCACAGUCUCCGCGCAGCUGCGGCGAACACGGACCAGGCCACAACAGCCACGCUGCGGAGCCUACGACGUCGGCCUCGGCGCCCUCGCGCCCACCACGCCCCCUGCGCGGACCCGAGCUCUCGGGGCCCUGCGGGGCAAACCCGACGGCGCCUGCAACCCGCGCAGCCGCUCCCUGGCGGCCGGAGGUGGACGAGCAGAUGCUCACCUUGCAGAGCCGGAAGGGCAGCCCUUCGCGGAGCGGGUCGCCAGCAACGUGAAGACGGCCGAGCGCGACGCCCGCCCGAGGCCUGUAGAGGGCGUGACCUUCAUGGGCAACAGCGCGGCAGCCCAGGAGCUGUUCGCGGCCAAGUUCCGCCUUCCUGCCCUGGUACCGGGCGAGACUGAGUGCACCGUGCACCGAGGCCCAGAGCAACGCGAACGCCCCGGUGUCCAGUGCCGGCAGUGCCAGGACGCCACUGCAGGGGCGGAAGAGGAAUUCGCGGAGGAGGCCGCGGCGGCCGGAGCCCCUCCCCUUGGGCUGCUCCCCUCAGCCUCUGAGCCUGCCCCUUUCCUUCACAGUUGGUUCGCUGCGUCUGUUUUGUUUUCUUUUCUUUUUUCUCUCAGGGGGUGCCUGACACAUCGUAGGCACUCAGUAAAUACCAGUUUGUUGGAUGUCUCCUCUUUCUCUCUACCUUGGCAGUCCUAGAUUUCUGUCAUUCUAGGUGACCCCGUAUUUUCUGCUGGCACCCACUUCUCCCUGUCCAGUUAAUAUUUCAGUUUUCAGAAAAAUUCUCCAAGAAGUUAAGUCUCUUCCAGAUCCCAUUUAGAACCAGCCAGGUGCCGAAAACCCACAUAAUGUCCACCGUCCUGAGCCCAAAGGGGGAAAGGUAGAGAGCAAAGACUAACAAGUCCGUAAAUUUCAUAAAGGUAGGUACUAUGUCUACAGCUAAAGCCACCAAACAAGCACGGAGCCCUCCACCCACCCUGCCGCGUGCUUUGGUACCUCAACACAGAAACUCUCACACCGGGGAAGGAAAUCCCCCCGCUAAGCUGGCACAGCCUGCCCUGGGGACUCAGCGCUCACAUCAUAAACCAAACCUCUAGGCUCAAGCCUGAUGC